AUGUUGGUUCAGCUUCCUCGCUUGACUAGCUCUCUUAGAGACCCUUUCGACACCGAUCAGGCGUACCUUCGCCGGAAAGCGAUUCUCCAAACUCUUAAUAAGCCUCGCAGCUCCGGGAGUAGCCUUGAUGAAUCUGACCUUGCUAAAAGGAUAGUCCAUCAAUGGGAAGGAGCUUCUCCAGAAGUGCGUCAAGCAUACAAGCAGUUUACUGGAGCUGUAAUAGAGUUGAUUGACAGGGAAGUUCCAUCCGAUGAGUUUCGUGAGGUUGCUUUUGCCGCAUAUCGUCUGUUUGGCAAGCCAGUGGAGGAGGAUAGUGAUUUUAGUGAUAAAAGCAUUGUCGAGAAGAAGUUAGAGUUGCAAAAGCUUGUUGGGCAUGCUGUUUCAGAUGCUAAUGUAAAGAACGUGGCCUACUUAGCUCGGGCACUUUACUCAAUUCAGCCUACUCAUCAGUCCGAGACAUAUGCUGAUGAGGUUGAUGAUGGAGCUGAGUUUGGUGCCGACCUUGUUUUCAAUCUACCAGCUCGAUUUCUGGUAGAAGGAUCUCUUGGUGAAAGAGAAUUUCAGGAUGUGGAAAGCAAUGGCGUUCAUGCAUCAUUUUCUGAAGGAUGGAGUGGUGUCAGCGACACGACAAAUAAUCAAAUUGCAGGAAAAUUCGAUUUAAGUUGGCUUAGAGAUGCAUGCGGGCAGCUGGUUAGAGAAAGCAAUUCACAACUUUCCCGUGAUGAACUGGCUAUGGCUAUAUGCAGGUUUCUGGAUUCGGAUAAGCCUGGUGAAGAGAUAGCUGGAGAUUUGCUGGACCUUGUUGGGGAUAGUGCAUUUGAGACUGUUCAAGACCUUAUUGUGCAUCGGAAGGAGAUUGUUGAUGCGAUCCAUCAUGGUCAGAUGAUUCUCAAGUCAGACAAGACAGCUUCCAACACCCAACCUCGGAUGCCUUCCUAUGGCACACAGGUUACUGUUCAAACAGAGUCUGCAAAGCAAAUUGAGAAACUUAGGCGUAAAGAGGAAAAGAAAAAUAAACGGAGUGCCGAACUUGGUUUAGAGAGCGAAAUAUCAGAGACCAAUUUUUCUUAUUUACUUGAGGCAAGUGAGAAGAAAACUGGAUUUGAGGAUUUGAUCGGUUCAGGAGAAGCCAAUUCUCUUGCAUUGGCUCUUCCCCAAGGUACUGUAAGGAAGCGCUUAAAAGGAUAUGAGGAAGUUUUUAUCCCGCCAACCCCUACCGCGCAAAUGAAACCUGGCGAGAGGCUGAUUGAGAUAAAAGAAUUAGAUGACUUUGCUCAAGCUGCUUUUCAUGGUUACAAAUCUUUGAACCGUAUUCAGAGUCGAAUAUUUCAGACAGUUUACCACACCAAUGAGAAUAUAUUGGUCUGUGCUCCAACAGGAGCUGGAAAAACAAAUAUAGCAAUGAUUUCUGUUUUACAUGAGAUUAAACAACACUUUAGGGAUGGCUACUUGCACAAAAACGAGUUUAAGAUUGUUUAUGUAGCUCCUAUGAAGGCGUUAGCGGCAGAGGUCGCAUCAGCUUUUAGCCGUCGUCUAGCUCCAUUAAAUAUGAUUGUGAAGGAGCUUACAGGUGAUAUGCAACUCAGCAAGACUGAACUUGAAGAAACUCAGAUGAUAGUGACAACACCAGAGAAAUGGGAUGUCAUUACUCGCAAAAGCAGUGACAUGUCAUUGUCAAUGCUUGUAAAACUCUUGAUCAUUGAUGAAGUGCAUCUUCUGAAUGAUGAUAGAGGUGCAGUGAUAGAGGCACUAGUUGCUCGGACCCUCCGUCAGGUGGAGUCAACACAGACAAUGAUAAGAAUUGUCGGCCUGUCAGCCACUUUACCUAGCUACAUACAGGUUGCUCAGUUUCUACGAGUGAAUCCAGACACUGGCCUUUUCUAUUUUGAUUCGAGUUAUCGCCCAGUUCCCUUGGCUCAGCAGUAUAUAGGCAUUACCGAGAAUAACUUUGCUGCCAGAAAUGAAUUGUUAAAUGAGAUAUGCUACAAAAAGGUUGUUGAUUCAAUUAGACAAGGUCAUCAAGCAAUGAUUUUUGUUCAUUCCCGAAAAGACACUUCAAAAACAGCUGAGAAACUGGUUGAGCUUGCCCAGAAAUAUGAAACUCAGGAUUUGUUCAUGAAUGAGACUCAUCCUCAAUUUUUUAUGAUGAAGAAAGAUGUCAUGAAGUCCAGAAAUAAGGAUCUUGUCAGACUCUUUGAAGCUGGCUUUGGUGUUCAUCAUGCUGGGAUGUUGCGACCUGAUAGAACACUUACGGAGAGGCUGUUUUCUGAUGGACUCUUGAAGGUGCUUGUUUGCACUGCAACUCUUGCUUGGGGUGUAAAUCUGCCUGCACAUACAGUCGUAAUUAAGGGAACACAAUUGUAUGAUGCCAAGGCUGGUGGGUGGAAAGACUUGGGAAUGCUUGAUGUCAUGCAGAUCUUUGGAAGGGCUGGGAGACCGCAGUUUGACAAGAGUGGUGAAGGAAUUAUCAUCACAUCCCAUGACAAGCUGGCAUACUAUCUUCGGCUGCUGACAAGUCAGCUUCCCAUAGAAAGUCAGUUCAUAAGCUCCUUGAAAGACAAUUUAAACGCAGAAGUGGUGUUGGGAACUGUGACUAAUGUUAAGGAAGCCUGUGCUUGGCUUGGAUAUACAUAUUUAUCAAUUCGGAUGAAGUUAAAUCCUUUGGCUUAUGGCGUUGGAUGGGACGAGAUAAUUGCCGAUCCUUCUUUAACAUUGAAGCAACGAGCUCUUGUGGCUGAUGCUGCACGUUCACUGGACAAAGCUAAGAUGAUGAGGUUCGAUGAAAAAAGUGGAAACUUUUACUGUACCGAGCUUGGACGGGUUGCAAGUCACUUCUAUAUUCAAUAUUCUAGUGUUGAAACAUACAAUGAAAUGUUGAAGCGGCACAUGAAUGAAAGCGAGAUAAUUAAUAUGGUUGCCCAUUCUUCUGAAUUUGAAAAUAUUGUGGUAAGAGAAGAAGAGCAGCAUGAACUUGAGACUCUUGCACGCUCUUGCUGUCCCUUAGAAGUUAAGGGAGGCCCUUCUAACAAACAUGGAAAAAUUUCAAUUCUCAUUCAGUUGUACAUAUCCCGUGGGUCAAUUGAUUCAUUUUCUCUGAUCUCUGAUGCUUCAUAUAUUAGUGCUAGUUUAGCACGUAUAAUGCGUGCUCUGUUUGAGACAUGCUUGCGAAAAGGCUGGUGUGAGAUGACUUUAUUUAUGUUGGAAUACUGCAAGGCAGUUGAUCGUCAACUAUGGCCUCAUCAACAUCCUCUUCGGCAAUUCGAUAGGGAUCUACCUUUUGAUACAUUGAGAAAACUUGAAGAGCGAGGGGCUGACUUAGACCGUUUGUAUGAGAUGGAGGAAAAAGACAUUGGAGCGCUGAUUCGUUACAAUCCUGGGGGAAGGUUGGUCAAGCAACAUCUAGGAUAUUUUCCUUCCAUUCAGUUGGCAGCUACUGUUAGUCCAAUCACCCGCACUGUAUUGAAGGUGGAUUUGCUUAUAACUCCAGAUUUCGUAUGGAAGGAUCGUUUUCAUGGUGCUGCUCUUCGUUGGUGGAUUCUCAUUGAGGACACAGAGAAUGAUUAUAUCUACCACUCAGAUCUUUUCACACUAACAAAGCGGAUGGCUAGAGGGGAACCGCAGAAGCUUUCUUUUACCGUGCCUAUAUUUGAACCACAUCCACCGCAAUACUAUGUUCAUGCUGUUUCUGAUUCUUGGUUGCAUGCAGAGUCUUUCUUCACAAUCUCUUUCCACAAUCUUGCACUACCAGAGGCACGAACGUCUCACACAGAGCUUCUAGACUUGAAACCUCUUCCUGUGACAUCUCUUGGGAAUAGGUUGUAUGAAUCGCUUUACAAAUUUUCACAUUUCAAUCCAAUACAGACUCAGAUAUUUCAUGUGUUAUAUCACACAGACAACAAUGUUCUUGUUGGAGCACCAACUGGAAGUGGGAAAACUAUAUCUGCUGAACUUGCAAUGUUGCGUCUCUUCAGUACCCAGCCUGAUAUGAAGGUUGUUUACAUAGCACCACUAAAGGCUAUUGUUCGAGAAAGAAUGAACGAUUGGAAAAAGCAUCUUGUUGCUCCACUUGGAAAAAAAAUGGUUGAAAUGACUGGAGAUUACACUCCAGAUUUAGUAGCUCUCUUGUCCGCAGAUAUCAUCAUAUCAACCCCUGAAAAAUGGGAUGGCAUUAGUCGUAAUUGGCAUACUCGAAGUUAUGUCAAAAAGGUCGGCCUUGUAGUUUUGGAUGAGAUUCACUUGCUAGGAGCUGACAGAGGACCCAUCCUUGAGGUUAUUGUGUCUAGAAUGAGAUACAUAUCAUCACAGACAGAGCGCUCCGUCCGAUUUGUUGGUCUUUCUACAGCUCUGGCAAAUGCAGGUGAUUUGGCUGACUGGUUGGGUGUUGGGGAGAUCGGACUUUUCAAUUUUAAACCAAGUGUCAGACCUGUACCAAUUGAAGUUCAUAUUCAGGGUUAUCCAGGAAAGUAUUACUGCCCAAGGAUGAAUAGCAUGAACAAGCCAGCAUAUGCAGCCAUAUGUACCCAUUCACCUACAAAACCUGUUCUUAUCUUUGUUUCAUCUCGUAGACAGACAAGGCUUACCGCACUGGAUCUUAUUCAGUUUGCGGCCUCAGACGAACAUCCGCGACAGUUUCUGAGUGUGUCAGAGGAAGACUUGCAGAUGGUCCUCUCUCAGAUCACUGACCAGAACCUCCGACAUACAUUGCAAUUUGGCAUUGGAUUGCAUCAUGCAGGUUUGAAUGACCACGAUAGAUCUACAGUGGAAGAGCUUUUCACAAACAACAAGAUUCAGGUUUUGGUCUCAACGAGUACAUUGGCAUGGGGAGUGAACCUACCAGCUCAUUUAGUUAUCAUAAAGGGAACAGAAUAUUUCGAUGGAAAAACCAAAAGAUAUGUUGACUUUCCUCUUACUGAGAUCCUGCAAAUGAUGGGUCGUGCAGGACGUCCACAGUUUGAUCAACAUGGGAAAGCGGUUAUUCUUGUACAUGAACCUAAAAAAAGCUUUUACAAAAAGUUCUUGUACGAACCAUUCCCAGUAGAAAGUAGCCUAAAAGAGAAGUUGCACGAUCACUUCAACGCAGAAAUAGUCUCUGGGACAAUCGGCAAUAAAGAAGACGCAGUGCAUUAUCUUACAUGGACGUAUUUGUUUCGUAGAUUAAUGGCUAAUCCUGCUUACUAUGGGCUAGAAGGUACUCAAGAUGAAACAGUGUGUUCCUACUUAUCAAGAUUGGUGCAAAACACGUUUGAUGAUCUUGAAGACAGUGGAUGCCUCAAAGUAACAGAAGAUAGUGUGGAGCCUAUGAUGCUGGGUACAAUAGCAUCACAGUAUUACCUUUGCUACAUGACCGUGUCUAUGUUUGGCUCUAAUAUAGGCCCCGACACUUCGCUCGAAGCAUUUUUGCAUAUAUUGGCGGGAGCGUCUGAGUAUGAUGAACUUCCUGUGCGACAUAAUGAGGAAAAUUACAACAAAACCCUGUCAGAGAAAGUUCGUUAUCCCGUGGAUAACAACCAUCUAGAUGAUCCUCAUGUGAAGGCGAAUCUGCUCUUCCAGGCACAUUUUUCGCAGUUGGCACUUCCAAUCAGUGAUUAUAACACGGAUUUAAAGUCAGUGCUGGACCAAAGCAUUCGGAUCCUCCAGGCCAUGAUUGAUAUCUGCGCAAACAGCGGAUGGCUUUCAAGCUCGCUGACGUGCAUGCGUCUUUUGCAAAUGGUCAUGCAGGGCAUGUGGUCAGAUCAAGAUUCAUCAUUAUGGAUGAUCCCGUGCAUGAAUGAUGAUCUUCUAGGAUCUCUGACCGCAAGAGGAAUCCACACGCUGCAUCAGCUAUUAAAUCUUCCAAGGGACACUCUACAAAGUGUAACCGGAAAUUUCCCUGCAUCAAGAUUAUCUCAGGAUCUCCAACGAUUUCCGCGGAUCCAAAUGAAUGUGAGACUUCAAAGGAAGGAAUCUGGUGGCAAGGAAAAGACUUCGAUGCUGGAAAUCAGAUUGGAGAAGACAUCAAAGAGGAGCUCGAGAGCGUUAGCCCCUCGAUUCCCAAAGGUGAAAGACGAAGCGUGGUGGUUGGUUCUGGGUGACACUUCAACUUCCGAACUCUUUGCCGUGAAGAGAGUAUCAUUCACUGGUCGUCUGAUCACACGCAUGGAGUUACCUCCCAACAUAACCUCUCUUAAGGAUACGAAACUAAUCUUAGUUUCGGAUUGUUAUUUGGGGUUUGAGCAAGAACACUCCAUUGAACAACUUGGACGACGCUCAUGA